UUCGCCAAUUGAUUCCACACCCAUUUCUCAAAAUCAUCCAAAGAAUAAUGGGUCACUCUUGCUUUCUCCUGCUUCUCCUUUCAUCUCUCCUCUUUCUCUCUUUUGUUGGCCAUGGAUUUGGUAGGGUGGCACUGAUGGAGACUCAUGAGCAUACACAUUCUACUCAUUCAACACAGGAAUAUGGUACAACAAUGAGGGCAUCGUUUGAGGUUGAGGAUUAUGCUGACCCACAACCAAAUAUAAAUCCCAAAAAUGGUUAUCUUUACAGUCCUCCUCCUCCUUCACCGGGUAGUCCAGCUCCUACUCCAACUACCAAAGAAGAUGAUCAAGACCAAGAACAAGAUUAGAAUCUUAAUAAAUUGGUUUAUUGCUUUAUGAUCGGUUCCUAUAAUUAUAAAGUGAAGUGUGUGUAUCUUCACAUUUAGCUUGACAUGUAUGAUCAAGAAUCUAGCCAAACGUAACUAGGUUGUUUUCUUUUGGUUUAUUUUUCCUUAGUUUGCUCUCUUAAGAUUACUCUAUAUUAGUUAUAGUUUUAAAUUUGUUAAA